GAGAAGUACAGCUUCGCCAAGUCAGAUCGCAGGUCAAGGUCAGCCGCAGUUCUGGAAGACCCAAACUACCAAGCAAUACAGCCCUACUCUUCCCCAGAUUCAACCUCCCUCCGGCGCUCUCCCUAUUCAAAGCCCACCUCAGCACCCGCAUGCUAUGAUGCUUCCUCCUCUCCGACUCAACACCCAAGACCCUCGUCCCGAUCCCUCCCUCGAUCAGCGUCUUGACCCUCGCCUCUCCGCCACCGCCCCCCUCGAGCCCGGAACACCGAGACCUCAUGCCUCGCCGAUUUCCCAGGGACCUGGCAUGAGUUACUACCCCUAUCCAAUGUCCUAUCCCCCUCACCGAUACUACCCGCCUCGCCAGGUACACGGUCAUCCAGGCAUGCCGCCAAACUCGGCUUCUUCCGCCGGCACGCCCGAGAUCUUUACCCCCGUCUCGGCGCAUAGCGACUACUCCUUCUACCCCCAGCAGCAGCAGCAGAUGCAGGCCACCAUCCAGCCCUCUGUCUUUUCGCCUUGGCAAGCGCAGCAGCAGCACGCCCAGAGUGGGGGGCAUGACCAUCGAGGCCCGCCCGGUACGCUCUCAUUCAACAUCUCGUCUUCGUCCAAAGAUCGCGUUCAAGAGUCACCGGGGAGCUCGGCGAAUGAUACUGGUGGUGGUGGUGAGGGGGGGAGCCCGAUGAGAGAGCACGGCAGAGGCUCGCCGGGUAGUUCAGAGGACGAGGUGCCGAGGCAGAUUGCUUAUACGACCGAUGCCGAGAUCAAGCAGAGCGCUACCCUCUGUAACAAAUGUGGUAUCUUUGAACGCACUCACCACCGUCCCCGUCCUCCCCAGAACGACGAUCAAAAGCUUCGCAAAGAUUCCGAUCCAUCAUUCGGCGGCGCAAACGCAGGAGGUUAUGGAGGAGGAAGAAUCGGAAGAGCCGCACCGCCGCCCGCGCUGCAGACUAUGAGCAUGAGUAGCGGAAGCGAGUCGCCUAGGAGCCCUUUUUCUGGCGCCCAGUCAACGCCCAUGUCGGCAAGCUUCACCUACCCUCCGAUGUACACCCCCGCCCCUCAAUCCUCUUCAUCCGAAUACCCUCCGUCUUCGUCCUACCUUCGCCGUCCUGCCAGUACCCAGCCCCAGCUCUCAAAUCUCUCCAUCCCCUCUCCCUCUUUCGCUGCUCCAAUCAUAUCCAACGAUACGACCAGCGCCGGCGGCGGAGGAGGCGAAAGCGGCGCCAACAGAUACUACGGCGUCACCCACUCUGUCUCUUCCCCUUACGCCCACGCUUACGCUUCUCGCCGAGGCUACGCCCCUCCCUCUGGGCGCUCUAUCUCGAGCCCCUCCGGAGGCGGCGCUGGGGGUGUAUUGGGAAGUCCGAUCAAAAGCUACACGUCGCCUAUUUCGGGGCCGGGGCAGGUGCAAGGGCAGGAUGGGGAUGGGUGGCAUUCGAGGAGGUUGAGCGAUGGGACGGAGGGGAGUAUGGGUCAUUGA